AUGGGUAUCAAACAACUCUACCAUGUCAUCGCCGAGGAGGCACCUGACGCCAUCAAGACUGGUGAGAUCAAGAACCACUUUGGAAGGAAGGUUGCAAUUGAUGCAUCGAUGAGCAUCUACAGCUUCCUGGUGGCGGUCCGCUCAGAUGGCCAACAGCUGAUGUCUGACACGGGUGAAACCACAUCCCAUCUCAUGGGCAUGUUCUACCGCACUCUGCGCAUGGUCGACAACGGCAUCAAACCACUCUACGUCUUCGACGGAGCGCCCCCCAAGCUCAAAUCCGGAGAGCUGGCGAAGCGCUUUGCUCGGAAGAAUGAAGCGAGUGAUCAGCACGAAGAGGCAAAAGAGACGGGUACCGCUGAGGAGGUGGAGAAAUUCUCAAGGCGUACAGUCAGAGUCACGCGAGAGCACAACGAAGAGUGCCGGCGCCUGCUCAAGCUGAUGGGGAUACCCUACAUUGUCGCUCCUACUGAGGCCGAGGCCCAGUGUGCGGUUCUGGCGCGUGCUGGUAAGGUGUACGCGGCAGCGUCCGAGGACAUGGACACGUUGACGUUCAACUCACCAAUCUUGCUCCGUCACCUCACGUUCAGUGAGCAGCGCAAGGAACCCAUCCAGGAGAUACACCUCGACAAGACAUUGGAGGGACUCGGUAUGGACAGAACUCAGUUUAUUGACCUGUGUAUACUUUUGGGGUGCGACUAUCUGGAUCCAGUGCCCAAAAUCGGCCCGAACACUGCGUUGAAGCUCAUCCGAGAGCACGGUUCUUUGGAGGGGGUGGUCGAGUUCAUUGAAAACGAUCCCAAGAAGAGAUACACGAUUCCAGAGGACUGGCCAUACAAGGAGGCGCGCGAGUUGUUUCUGCACCCAGACGUGCGGUCUGCCGACGACCCCGAAUGCGACUUCAAGUGGGACGCUCCCGACGUCGAGGGUCUCGUUCAAUUCCUGGUACACGAGAAAGGCUUCAACGAGGACCGUGUCCGAAGCGCCGCUCAGAAAUUGCAGAAAAAUGUCAAGACGGCCCAACAGUCGCGGCUCGAGGGGUUCUUCAAAACCGUGCCCAAGACCGAGGAGGAAAAGAAGAGCCUGAAACGCAAGCACGACGAGAAGAUCGCCGAAGCAAAGAAGAAAAAGAAGGAAGAGGCCAAGACCAAGAAGGAAUCCAAGUCCAAGGCACACCUGUCGACGUGA